GAGUUUCUGUUGUUGAUGAGUUCUAGUCGGCGACCCAAGAACAACAGCAGCUGGAGCGUUUCCCUGACUUCUCAGCCAUGGAUCGUGCGGCGGACGAAGACGACAUUUGCGCGGCGUGCGAAGAGCUCAUUGCGGGAGAUGCAGUCCAGGCUCCCUGCAACCACAUCUAUUGCAUUCCUUGCAUCGUGGGGUUGUUCAAAGCAGCCGUGGACCACGAGUCAGGAUAUCCUCCGAGUUGCUGCGGCAGGAACGGCGUGCCCUUGGAUCUCGUCCGCACCUAUCUCUCCAACGAGCUCAUCGAGAAGCUAGAGGACCGCGCCGUGGAGCCUGCAACGGAAGAUCGAACCUACUGCUCCGCAUGCUCGGCCUUUGUGCGACCCAGCGACAUCACGAACGGCCAAGCCAUCUGUCGGAAAUGCGCGACCAGAACCUGCAGCAAAUGCAAGACGCGGGUCCACAAUGGUGCUUGCAAGGAGGAAAAUGAGGGACUUUUACUGACACUCGCAGAUCAGAAGGGAUGGAAGCGAUGCCCGCGGUGCAGGAGGAUGGUUGAGAAGGGUCCUGGUUGCAACAUGAUAGAGUCGGUGCGCCUAGGCUUUGGCUGAGAGAUUGAUUGACUUUGCUGACAAUCUUUAGCUGCUACUGCGGCGCGGAGUUCUGCUACUCUUGUGGCGAAGACAUGGGCAAGUGUACAUGCACAGAUGUUUUCGUGCCGAGGGAGGUCAGUUUUAUAGAAGACGAGUGGCCGUAGUCAGGCGGGAAAGGAGGAAGAUGUCAUGGCGGAAGCUCGAGCGCAAGUCUUAGAAAUUAUACCACG